CUCAUCUGCUGAAACGGACACUGACUAUCAGCAUUUGUGAAGAAAUCACAACACUCCUCCGGACUUCAGUGUACAGUACUAUAGUGAAUGAGAGCCUACUGUAGUUUUAUAAUUUAUUUUCUUAUUUGAAGAAUUUAUAUAAAAAAAUGUAUUUCAACGACAACGAUUUUGAAUUUUCGUCAGAGCUCCAUACCAGAUGUCAAUCGUUCAAGCACAAGUCUCGCUCCCUGGUUCGACAUUGUAGGAACCGAAGCCUUCGACAUGUCUCCAAGGCAUACACCGUACCAUGUUCAUUUCCCGACAUAUCUGCUUCCGAUGACGAGAGCCGAUUAUGUCGGGUGCGAUCUUUCAAGACGACAUCGAAAGGUAUUGUAAAUCGGGGCGAUUCUUUUAAGAAACGGAGCACGAACAGUUUAAUGUCAGCUGGUAGUAUCCUUGACAACGAGAAACAAAGGCUUACAAGCACUUCGUCAGAUGUGUCGGAUAUUUCCCAAUUGUCAACGAUGAGCAUGUGCACGACACUCAGCAUCGGAUCCUCCAUUGCUCCGUCAUACUACAGAAUAGCUCUCCUCGGGGCCAGCGGUUCGGGGAAGACGUCGCUAAUAAGACAGUGCCUUACAUCAGAAUUCACAAGUUCAUACGAAACUACAUCACAUGACAGUGAUAUUGAAGAUGACAACACGAUGUGUGUGGUUCUUGAUGGAGAAGAGUCAAUGAUUGAGCUUGUUGAUGACCUUAUGCUUGGUGAAUGCGAGGCUUUGAGGGUUGAUGCAUAUGUCAUCGUUUUCGACGUCACGAGCACGUCGUCGUUUAAAGUCGCCACCAGCGCUGUGCGGCAACUUCGAGUAGAACGGGGAUGUGACCGACCAGUUAUAUUGGUAGCUAACAAGGCGGAUCUAGCCAGGCAGAGAAACGUCAAAACUGCAGAUAUCCGGACAUUUGCAAGCAGAUACGACUGCAAGUGUGUGGAGACGUCGGCAGCUCUCAACUACAACGUGGACAACCUGGUUGUAGGGAUGCUAGCACAGAUUAGAAUCAAACUCAGCCCUUCAACCUCACCUGUAGCUACUCACAUACAGGAGGAGGACCUCACCAAGAAGCUUCCAAUGGACAAAAAGAAGAAAAUACUUUCACUUCUCAGUCGCUUUUUCAAGCAGGCUAGACGUCGGGUUCGCUCAUGCGAAAACCUGCUUCAGUAAGGAUUUGGAGAACAUCAUUCUGCUCCACCCUCAUCCCUGCAACACGCGCGAUUACCUCAGAGGGUGUUAUCAUUGUGAUCUCACAAACUCAACUCAUGAUAAUGAUUAUGAUUUACAAUGUGUCGCUGAAGACAAUGUUGAUAUCAAAUUCUGCUGUUGGUAAUUAUAGCUAGGAUUUGGACUGUGACGCUACAAACGAUCGUAAUGUCAAACUCUCCUUAUGGCAAUUGUAGCUAGGAUUUGGUAUGUGAGGUGAGGUGAAAUGAGGUUUACCGUCGCGUCCAAGGUUAUUGCACUUAUAUAGCGACGUGCAUGUACGUGUGUGUGUGGCUGCUUGCACUGGUCCGGACUGAUGCCGAUAUAUAG